AUGGAGCAUGUACCCGAGGAGGAGGGAGAGUUUGACGAGCACGAUAACGAGUCUCCUUUUGAUGAGGACGUUGAUUUGGAGGGCUGGGAUGACGCGGAUGAUGGCGUGGGUGAUGACGUGGUUGGCGCUGACGUGGAUGAGGGCACGGAUUACACAGAAGGUUGGGAUCCGGAUUUUGAUCUGGGCAGCAUUUUUGCGUACGAGAGGGAAGGUUCCGCGAUGGUGCCGCUGCCAGAGAGGGAAGCGCGAUUGGUGGACGCGUUGCUGACGUGGAUGGAGAAGCAUGGGGACCAAUCGGUGGAAGGGGGUGUACGAUCGAAGAUCCAGGUCCUAGCCAUUUCCUCUCCUGCCUUCUACUCCUGCGCGCCCCCCUUUCCCCCGCUCCCCCCGCGCCUCCCCCUGGGCAUCCUAGCCUCCGCCACCACCCCCGCUGGCUCCCCCCUCGCCUCCAUCCCCUUCCCCCUCUGGCUCUCCCGACUGCACGGGGGGUGGGAUUUCCGCACCAACCGCCCCGCCCCUCCCCCGCCCGCCCCUUACAAGCACGCUGGCGACGAUGUGACUGUAGCCGCGUGGCUGUUAAGAGAGUGGAGGAAGGGUAAGGAGUCUUUUUACUCCCCGUGGAUUAAUCUCCUGCCGGGGUAUGUGCCGCUGCCGAUUUUCUGGGAUGAGGCGAUGCUGGGGGAGCUGGAUAGUGGGGAGGCUAUAGAGAGAGUAGAGGAGGCGAUUAGGUAUGUUGAGGAGGCGUUUUCUCUUUGUUCUGAUGAGAGUAUCGCGGGUGCUUCUAUGGAUGAAUUCAAAUGGGCGGUUGCGAUCGUGUGGUCGCGAUCCGUGCCGAUCUCGGCCGUUGGUUUGAAGAGAAGGGGGAAAAGGGGGAGGAGGAAAAGGAGGGGGGGAGGAGGGAAGGGAGAGCAGGAGGAGGAGGAUGAGGAGGAGUUUUGGCAGUAUAUGGAGGAGGCGGAGAGGGAGGAUGAGGAGGGAGAGGGGGAGGGAGGGGAGGGGGCGGAAGGGGAGGAGGUGCACAUGCUGCUGCCGCUGCUGGAUCUCUUCAACCAUGAGUUCUACUACACGGCAGACUGGCAGGGGGAGGAGGUGCACAUUGUGCUGCCGCUGGUGGAUCUCUUCAACCACGAGUUCUACUACAUGGCAGACUGGCAGCCCACUAUCCACUCCUCCACUGCUGACAUCAACAUCUUUGCUGCUGACGUCAUCUCUCCAGGCCAGCCAAUCAGCGUGGGCUAUGGGUCCAUGGACACCGCCCAGUUCCUGCUGCUGUACGGCUUCGUGCCGCCCAACAACCCGUUUGACCGGUUCGUCCUUUUUGAAAACGCCGAUGCACUUCUUGACUACUACGAGACGAAAUAUCUUGCUGCCACGUCAGGAGGAUCAAUGGGAGAUAAAGACACAUCAGGAGCAGAAGGGACGGAGGGAGGAGGAGAAGGAGGAGGAGGAGGAGGAGGAGGAGGAGGAGGAGGAGGAGGAGGAGGAGGAGGAGGAGGAGGAGGAGGAGGAGGAGGAGGAGGAGGAGGAGGAGGAGGAGGAGGGGCAGCAGCAGAAACAACGGGUUCUGAUGCUGGUACUGUAGCUGGAACUGAUGUUAAUAAUGAAUCAGACUAUACUGAGAAAUACCCGUGGCUGACUAGUUCGUUCGACCGGGACUCGGCUGCAGCUUCGGUAACCGCCGCCAUAGCUGCGGUGGAGGCUCGGCAGGCGGACUACACAGCCGAGCACGACUUGGAUCGGCAGCUGCUAGGCAUGGCAGCAGGGGCGGUGGCAGGUUCGGAAGCACUAGCAAUAGGCAGGGAGGGGUAUGUGGAUGCACGGCUGCUAGCUGCUCUGGCUGCUAUCGGCAUGCCAACACAUGACCCUGCGUUUGAUUUCCAUGUCUUAGCCGAGUCCAUUCUGCGCCUUGUGUUUCGAGACGGUGUCACCUGUGGCACUCUCAAGCAACAGCAGACAUAUCACCUGGCCGUCUUAGAAGCAGCAGGAGCGGAGGGCGCAGCAGGAGGGGAGGGAGUAGAAGGAGGGGAGGGAGUAGAAGGAGGGAAGGAAGCAACAGGGGCAGGGGAGGGUAGUGGUAAAGACAGACCACACAGUAAGGCAGUGGAGGCAGCUGCACGCUCAGCAAUGCUUGCAGGCUCCAUCGUACGAGCUGCUGACGUGUUACGUAACAUUCUGCGCGCCACACUACCCGGAUUCAAGAGCACGUUCACAGAGGAUUAUAACCUGUUAACGAAGACGCUUGUAGAGGAUGCAUCAUGUGACAUGGGAGACAGGGGAAGGAGAGGCAACAGUGGUGGUAGCAGUAGGAGCAGCAGUAGGGACAACAGCGGCAGCGGUGGGGGUGACAGGAGGGAAGAAGAUGUGGGGGAAAGUGAAGGGGCAUGUGGGGUCCCUGUGUUGCAACUCCCAGAGGAGAAGGUUCAGGCUAUUAAGUUCCGGCUCUCAGCUAAGCAACUGCUAUUGCGGGCACUUAGCUUCUUAGAAGAUGUGUGUCCAGAAGAGGGAAUGUAUGAUGCUGAUUAUGCUACCGAGUCAGAUAUUACAGAGGAUGACAAUGCCAGUAGUGAUAGUGAUUGA